AUGAUUCAAGCAUCCCAAUAUCUAUAUAUAAUUGCAUAUUUGGAAACUUUAAAGAUAGACUUUCUGCAAAAAGAAGUUAAUGUUGGAAAUUAUACAAUAGGUGAAGAGGGUGAAGUAAUUGAAUAUCUUGGAUGUUUAGUAAAG